AUGGAGACUGUCAAGAAGGGCGAAGCACAAUUUCUGGUUUCUUCGAAGCAUCUGUCCAGUAUUGAGGUAUUGUGGCGAACGCUCAUUGCUGAUCGCUUGGAGAAUGACUACCCUACCCCUUUCUGGGGUGGCCUCGCUUUCGGGGAUUUCAUGAACGUCUUUCUGCAGACAUGCCGAGCGAUAGGAAUCGCAAAGGUCCGUCGCGCCAUAAGGUCCGCCUGGAACUGUCCUAGCCGACGGGAACCGGUUGUAUACCUCGAUCUGCCCGAAUUGGAGGAUACGAAAAAGACGUUCGAUGCAGCGUUCUCGGACCAAGGCGAGAAAGUCAUUUUCAUGUCCUCCAGCAUCCAGUUUCUUCAUGAUAGUUCCCGAUUGCAUCUGCUAUGGGAUCCUGGGAGCAAAUUCUAUGACGAGUUCAUAAAGAACGACCGGUAUUUCGAAUACAACAAAGAGAUGUUGCACCACAUGUCUUACAGGUGCCUAUUCCAGACCGAGGACCGUCUCUUGGGGAGCGAGCCCGUAUCACUCGAUGUGGGGGACAAAGUUUAG